AUGACAACCAAAACACCGUUUUUGCAAAGUCUCUUAACAUCAAAGGACUUACUUGAGCAAAAACUGUCGUGUUCGCAGACUGCUGUGGAGUCAUUGAGACUUGUCAAAGAAAUGUUGCCGAUCCAAACCGCAUCGAUGCGGCUGCGCCGACGCAUUUCGUUGUCGGUGAUGAUGCAAAAUGAUCUCAAGAAGACGUUGGAGUAUUUAAUAGCGCAACAAAACAACGACAAACGGCACUAUCAAAAGGACCUUGAAAAAGAAAAGAACACUCUUAAAGAGUUUCAAACAAAGAUUGACAGCGCGGAUUCAAUCUUUAAUUCAGAGACUUUAUCAACUCCCCUUGCUAGUUACUUAUUAGGCUCCGACCUUUACAUCAACAUCAUCCAGAAGAGUUUUCGGUUAGGUGAUGUCGAAGCUCGAAAAGAUUUAACAAAGGCCUGGCGAAAAGUUUCUGUCUUCCUCUUUCGCAAUAUUCUUCUUCUGACCAAACCGGGUUCCGAAAUCAUCUUGUCGACUAUUUAUAUCCCCGACUGUUACAAAUUAUUAAUGUUCCAAGACCCAUCCCAUCUCUUCAUGAUCAAAGUCUGCGACACCACGUUUGCAUUCAACAUGGAGGAAGUCCUUGAGAAUUGGAAGGACAAAAUCAGUAAACGACUUAUGUGGUAUCGGACGACCAAUUUUCCACAACGACAAUUCAAGAAUGUAUCGUUCAUAGAGAAGAUGACCACUCCGGCUGCGUUAUGUCGCCGGUCGAUUUCGUUAUUAAACUGUUUACAAUUCUCUCCCCAUAUCUUUGAAAACGUUGUUGGUGUCAAUUUACACGAUCUGGCACAGAAGGAACGAACACAGAAAGCCCCGUUAGUGUAUAAGUUAUUAAUUGAUCACAUCACUGAGGAGUGUGCGGGUAUAGAAGGCAUUCUACGCUUGUCUGGAGACUCCGACAACAUUCAACGUCUUGAGAUGAAGAUCUCCAGUCGGACGUUUUCAUCAUUGGACUUGAAAGAUGUCGACCCACAUACCGUGACAUCCACUUUAAAGUCCCUUUUUAAGAAUCUUCCUACACCAUUGAUCCCACAAAACACUAACAAACAAAUAGAAAGUGUUGUAGGGAAAUAUCAAGACUACUCUCAAGUGGUGAAAGUGUAUCAAAUUCUUUCCAUCCUCAAAACUACCCUCCCAGAACACUUCGAAGUCUUCAAACUCCUCUGUAAGAUGUUUGGAGAGAUUAUUAACCAAUCAAACAAAAACAAAAUGGAUUUAAAGAACGUCUUAAUCUGCUUUGUCGAGUCCGUCCGUUGUUCUCCUGCCGUGUUUACCAUAGCUUUACAGAACCAAGGCAUCUUCUUCGAUCGUUUGUUUCUUCGUCGUAUUCAUUCCUUUACAACUUAA